CGCCGCCGCCGCCGGCGGCUCCCUUCUGCGCUGCCCUUCCCCCCAGCCUUCCUUCUCCCAACGAUGCACGGCUGUGUAUCUAAAUAGCAUACUUCCCCAGGUUUUUAUCUGGAUUUAGGAUCUGUUGAAAUGGAUUUGAUAGACUUCAUUGCUGUUCGGUUCCACUUUCUUGGUCACUUCAUCAGUCAUGGCACGAAGGUAGAUUAUGUAGGUGGUUCAGAAGCAAUGUCUUACAUAGACAGAGAUAAACUGUCGUUGCCAGAGGUAGUGGGACACCUAAAGGACCACUACAAUGUGGAAGAAGGCUCUUUGCUUCACUGGUUGUUCCCAGGAAAGGAUAUGAGCAGUGGGCUUAGAGUACUAUUAGACGAUGGUGUGUGCCAGUACAUGUCACAGUGUGUAACUGAAGGUGGAGUUGCUGAUGUCUAUGUAGAGCAUGGUAGUGGCACCAAAGUUGCAAAUGAAAACAGCAACGAUUCAGAUGUCCAGGUCAUUGGAAGCAAGGAAGUAAGCUUGUCUCCAACAUUUGGGGCGGUGGAAGUAUCAGGGAGCAAGAAAUUGGAGUUAUCAGCAAAGGAUAAUGUCAGUGCAAUGAGUCAAGUAGAAGUACUGCAGGUUACUAGUUCAGAUGACAGUGAUUAUUUGCCUGGUGACAACAGUUCUUCAGAGGUAGAUGAUGAAGUUGAACAGAUUGUAAAGAAAUUCAAGGAGUACAAGAAGAAAUGUAAGUCAGGAGAAAUUGCUAAUUUAGAUGAUGUUGUGUGCUCAGGUAAAGGUGCGGCAAACAGUCCUGAUGGAUUGGGAAUCGAUGACGGAGAUGAAACACCCUAUGAAGACAGUAGUGAAGCGGAGGAGGAGUCCUAUGAGUCAGGUAGCGAUGAGGGAUCAGUGAGGCAAGUCUCCCAGUUUCCUAGAUAUAAGAGUACAGGGCAUAGGGCUGAGUUUUGUUUAGGAACGAAGUUUUCAAACAAGAGAGAUUUCAAAGAGGCAGUGAGGCUGUAUGCUCUCCAGCAGAGGAAGGUCAUCAACUUUGUGAAGGAUGAAGGAUAUAGAGUUAGAGCCAAGUGUGACUGGCCUAGUUGCCCAUGGGUAUGUCUCCUGUCCACCAAUUCAAGGACAGAUAGUUGGCAAAUAGCUAGCUUCACAGAUGAGCACAACUGUCCUUCAAGAAGAGAUAACAAGUUAGUAACAUCAAGGAGGAUAGCUAAUAAGUAUGAAAACAUCAUUAGAGCAAAUCCGCAAUGGAACUUGUUGCAUAUGAAGGCAACUGUGCAAGAAGACAUGUUUGCCGAUGUAAGCAUGUCAAAGCUGAAAAGGGCUAAAUCAAUAGUGAUUGACAAGAUGUUUAGGUCAGCAAAGGAAGAAUAUGGCAGAGUGUAUGACUACCAGAAUGAACUGCUGAGGAGCAAUCCAGGGAGCACUGUCAUAGUCAAAGUUUUCAAUGCUGGAUCAGAAGCUGUGUUUUCUCGGUUCUAUGUAUGCUUUCAUGCAUUGAAGCAAGGUUUCAUGGCUGGGUGCAGAAAGGUGAUUGGUUUGGAUGGUUGUUUCUUCAAGGGCUGUACAAAUGGUGAGUUGUUAUGUGCACUUGGGAGAGAUGCAAACAAUUAGAUGUAUCCAUUGGCUUGGGCUGUGGUGGAGAAGGAAACAAAUGAGUCUUGGGACUGGUUUUGUGAUCUUUUAUUUAGAGACAUACAACUUGGGGAUGGAGAAGGUUGGGUAGUUAUCUCUGAUCAGCAAAAAGGGAUACUAAAAGCUGUAGAAAAAUGGGCACCAAGAGCAGAGCACAGGAACUGUGCUAGACAUGUAUAUGCCAAUUGGAGGAAGAAGUUCAAGAAGAAAGACUUCCAGAAACCAUGGUGGAGAUGUGCCAAGUCAAGUUGCAUGACACUAUUCAAUCACAACAAGGCAUUGUUGGCUAAGCACACACCAGAAGGUGCAAGGGCUUUGGCCAAUUCAGAGCCAGAACAUUACUGCAGAGCUUACUUCAAAUUGGGUUCUAACUGUGAUUCGUGUGACAAUAACAUUUGUGAGUCUUUUAACAAGUGGAUUGUUGAAGCCAGAUUCUUUCCAAUUAUUAGCAUGUUGGAGGCAAUUCGGUGCAAGGUGAUGGUUAGGAUCCAGCAGCAAAGAGAGAAAGCUCAGAGGUGGACUGGAAAGAUAUGCCCUAACAUUUACAAGAAAUUGAAGCUAUUCAUCAACCUUUCUGCAAAUUGUCAUGCCAUAGCCAAUGGGCUGGAUUCAUAUGAAGUUAAGCAUUGGGAACAUUGAUUUGUUGUCAAUCUAUUGGAAAAAACAUGCAGCUGCAGAU